AUGCGCGCGCUCGCGCCCGCGCGCGCGGCGCCGCCCGCGCGCCGCGAACGCGCGUCGUCGUCGUCGCGUCCGAUGCGAACGAAGACGACGACGUCGUCGUCGCGAGGUGCCGUCGCGUCCGCGUCCGCGUCCGCGUCCGCGUCCGCGGCGUCGACGCACGACGCGCUCGCGGCGUGGGUCACGCGCCACGGCGGCGACGUCGCCGCCGUCGUCGUCCGCGACGGCUACCGCGGCCGAGGCUUGUUCGCGGCGAGAGACGUCGCCGCGGGCGACGUCGUCAUGUCCGUCCCUCUCGCCGCGGCGCUCAACGACGGCGUCGCCGCGCCGCCGUACGACGGCGCGCCGUGGAGCGUCACGCUCGCGGCCGCGAUCCUCGCGGAGAGGAGGAUCGGCGACGCGUCGCGAUGGGCGCCGUACGUGCGCUCGCUGCCGACGGACGUCGUCGGGUUCGCGAACGACGAGGGACUCUUCGACGACGCAUCGUGCGGCGCCUCAUCAUCAUCAUCAUCGUCAUCAUCACAGCUGGCGGCGGAGGCUCGCGCGCUCGCGUCGCACGACGCCGCCGCCGCGGACGAGCUCGACCGCUACCGUUCGCUCUUGACGCGCUCGCACGCCGCGCUGACGUCUGCGGGUCGCGCGCCCGCGCCGCCGACGUUCGCGGAGUGGCGGUGGGCGAUGUCCAUGGUGCACUCGCGGACGUUUCGACUCGAAGAGCCCGCCGCGGGCGUCGCCGGUUUCGAGACGAGAAGGGUCAUGGUCCCGUACGUCGACCUGUUGAACCACGACUCGCGCGCGGACGUGUGGCAGUGCGAGUGGGACUGCGAGUGGGACCUCGGCGGCGGCGGCGGGACGUUCGUCGUCACCGCGACGCGCGAUGUGCGCGCGGGAGAGGAGGUGCUGGUGAGCUACGGGGAACGGUGCGACCGGCAUUUUUUUUUGUUUUUCGGGUUUCUGCCGGCGCCGAACCCGCACAACACGGUCGCGCUGUUCGCGAACGCGCGCGAGGCCGCGGCGUGGUACGAAGCCUUGUGCGACGACGGCGAGGAGGUCAGGGACGCGUGGGCGCGGCUGAGGGCGGACGCGGUGCGGACGGUGCGGAAGGAAGAGAAGUCGCGCGCGGCGGCGGCGGCGGCGGCGGCGGCGGCGAAGAGAAACGGCGACGACGCGUCCGACGACGCUGACGUGGAAGCUGACGCGUCGGACACGUCAGAAGAAGAAGAAGAAGAAGAAGAAGAAGAAGACGACGACGACGACGAUGAGACGCCUCGCGGCGCGUGGACCUCGAAGGACGCGGAGGCGGAGGAGGCCGCGGCGCUGUGCGUCGGCGAGGACGCGGUCGUGGACGAGCGCCUGACGCGACUGUUCGAGCUCCUCUCCGGCUGCGACGACGUCGCCGUCGCCGCCGUUCGCGUCCGCGCGCGGGAGAUGUUGACAGCCUUCGGGGGCGACGAGGAGGAAGAGGAGGAGGAAGAGAAGGAGGAGGAGGACAGCGCGGAGGUGUCCGAGGCCGUGGCGCUCGCGCGGGGGUACCGCGCGCGACGGAAAGCCCUUCUCUCGGACGUCGCGUGACGACGACGCGCGCGGCGUUCGUAGAUACAGUACUACGUGUAGUCUACAGGUUAACAGGGUCCCUAGCUAGAUUAUCUUACUCGUAUAGACAGAGG